GUGGGACAUGAGAACAUUCUAGCUUUGCUGAUGCAGCGUUCUCUCACCGAGUACGGGAAGAGAUUUUUAACAUGUAACGCGACAGAGCUGAUCCAAAACUGAACUCAUUACUUACGUGUUUUGGUUUGGCAUGUCUGGAUAUGACAACGUGAAAAGUUGGUUGGCGAAGAAGAAGAACCCAGCAGAAGAUCAGAGAAACCCGCAGCUGUACUGAGGGAGUUCCCGACAGCAAUCAGAAGGGAGGGAAACUGCUGUUACGGGUGGAGGAGUGGAGAGAGACAUUAAAGGAAACUGGACAAAAUAAGAGUGAAGGAUACAGUGAAAUAAAGAAGAGGGGAGAUAGAAGAAGAACGUGGCCAAGCAUGAGAGAGGAGGAACACUCAAAUGACCAUCCUGAGGGAGGGGUGGUGUCCAGCAAGGAGAACAACAAACGACCACUUUCUAACGCCUGUCCUGUUGUGGUUGCGACGGCGGGGAUCACCGGGCGUAAGCGGCAGAUGGGUGCCCAAAUGGAGGAUCACAUUUCCGCAAUUACACCCACCAUGUCAGCAGACGACGGCAAGGUCAAGCCAGUAGAUGACAUUCAGAGCUACAAUCCUACUGGCCCCAAAAAGCUCAAGAAGAGUCCUCAGCAUCACCCGCUUUCCCUUUCUCCUGCUCCCGGUCCCAGCCCUGAAGGUCUUUCAAGCGGCCUCGAGGACCCACACGGCCAGCGGGUCAUCGCCAACAUCCGGGAGCGCCAGCGGACGCGAUCUCUGAAUGAAGCCUUUGCCUCAUUGCGCAAAAUAAUCCCAACGCUCCCCUCUGACAAACUGAGCAAGAUCCAGACACUUAAGUUGGCGUCACGCUACAUUGACUUUCUGUACCAGGUUCUGCAGAGUGAUGAGAUGGACACCAAGCUGGCAGGAUGUAACUACCUGGCCCAUGAGAGACUGAGCUAUGCUUUCUCUGUCUGGAGGAUGGAGGGAGCCUGGUCAACCAUGUCUGCUGGUCACUAGCCUUGUCUGGAAGCCUAAAAAGUAUGAUGCAAAGGGGCUGAGGAGAUGUCCAAACUGUGUCUGCUCACUAGUGGAUUCACACUACUUGACACCUCGGUUGUGAUCUGGUUGCCUCAAUGAAAAGACAGCAUAACACUUCAUGAGAGGAAGCUUUCACAUGAGCAUUUGUUUGACUGGUUAUGAACUUAUGAGAUGUAACCGUGGAUUAUUGUCAUUCCACUUGUCUGCUUUUUCCAAAGCAGCUAUCACUGCUCACGAAUGCAAAUGCAAUGAGUUCAAGAAAUGCAGCAGGGACUGCUAGCUUAUUUAGGGAUCGUUUUCUCUCUCUUUUUCUUUUAACAUGUGUAUUUUGUUUACAUGAAUCACAAUGGAAGCUUUCAUUCAACAUGCAUUCGCUUCAUCAAGCUGAUGGUUAAGGACUCGAUCGUCUUUGACGCUUCAUAGCAGCACAGCUAAUUCUGCUGGAGCCCCCUGACCCAUCAGCUCUCUCAGGUACUGAAGCAUGACAGCUGGUUUCAUCAUCAUUGACAUCACCCCUGAUUUUAUCACCUUAAAUAAAAUCAGUAUUAUCACUAUUAUCAGUAACAUAAUCAUCACCACAGGUCUACAUACAAUGAGCCAUUUUUUAUUUAACUUUCUUUCUUUCUUGAGGUAGAAAGUGUAUAAAGGUUUGUGUAAUAUCUAUAGAGCAGAGGACUUAAAAGAAAGAAAGAACUGCGAACACCAUACUGAAUGUUGCAAGAGUUGUCAGGCUUUUGACUUUUCCGUAGUCUUUCAGCUCCGAGUUUUCCAACACUGACAUUUAACGAAUCCCUGACUACCUCUGAACCUUAGCAAAAGUUGAAAGAAAAAAAAAAAAAAAACAGCCACGGCCGUCCGUCACCCUGCCUUAAGUUUCUUGUCCAUCCCAAAACCUAGCCCCUUUGUUUCUUUCAGUGCCAAAAAAACCUCUCCCCUUGACAUUCUUUCCUCUCGUUCUGGCCUGAAUUUGCUUGCGUUGCACGAAACCGCGAUACAGCUAGCGAGCUGACGAGGAGGCGUAAUGAAAACAAACGGUCUCGGAAAGCCAUGAAUCAUGUGUGUCACCAUCAAAGGGGAAGGCUGAUGUGGCUCCCUGCUGGGCUCCCAUAAACCACUGGUAGUGAUGGAGGAGGUGAGAGCUGAUUUAUACACACAAAUGUAGAGGUGCACACAUGCAACUAUGCACUUAAAAAAAAUACACUUUUUUCAAUACAUUGGCUCCACUAGGGAAAUGCUAUUGGAGUACACAUCAUUACCAAAUGAUAUACCUUUCUUUCUAAUAUUGUAGGCUUUUGUUUUGUGAGAUGCAAUGAACAUUAAGUGUAAGGUUUACAGUUAUUUCAAGACAACAGGACUGACAUGCUGUUUGGCUUCAAAGCACAUCCAUGACAAUCCAUUUCUCCCCUCACUGCCAAAAUACAUGAAGACCGGCAACCUAUCAUUAGGACGUCCCAGGGAGGUAGCUAAUGUUUCCAGCUCUUUUAAAGACUUAUGGAGAUGUUUGCCGAGCCCCACAGUCAGCACAGUGCGGUCUCUGAAGGCUAGACUUCACUGACAUGUUAGUAGACACUUGACAUUUAGAAAGAAUCCAGUUGUGGGCCAACAGAGAAAAAGCAGCCCCUGUGCAUUUCUAUGUGAAAUGCAAAGAUUAAAAAUGAGUGCAUGGCCUUGCCUAUUCUCUAUGUUGUCAUGUAAUUCAAGUUGUAUUCUAAAUUUUCAUAUAUGGAUCAAAUUGAAACUGGAAGUGACUCAUCUCUCGCUUGAGAUGCCUUAGAAUAACAUAUAGUUAUAUCCUGCCUUUAAUGCCAUUCUUACUUGGAA